CUAUAUCUGAGUUCCCAGAUAGAAAAUUUCAAGGACAAACCGAUCGAGACGAUAUGUGAAGAGACAUGCUACUUGUACAGGCAUUGAGCACUUUCUUUCGAGUUGAAAUAUAAGUAAAGUAAAGCUAGCUAAGCUUCAACUCAAAAAGUUAACCAUCUUCUCUUGUAACGCUCUUUUAACUCGUUGCGGUCACGUGGGUGAUGAAAUAUUUGGCUUUGCAUGAAAAUCUACGUUAAAAAAUAGGUCUUUGAAUAACAGAAACCACACCAAGGUCCACUUUCACUCUCUCCCUAGGAGCGUGAUUGCACUUCCUCGCUUCUCUCUAUAUAUGUUCCAGGAAACCUCAUCACCCAAAUCUGGCUGAUCCCCCUCACGGUCUCACCCUCACCUAGUCUUGUUCGUUUCAGUUUCACCACUGUCACAAAUCCACUUAAUACCCCUCCUUGUCCUAGCUAGACGGAGAAGUCGAGGAAGAGAAAAACGAUGGCACAAAUGUGGCUUCUUUGGUGGCCAAAAAACACCUGCACCACCACCAAAAGCGGCGGCGAUACAGGUGCAGCCGGGAGCACCGCGACCACAAGGGCCACGACGGGUCGAACGUCCUCAUUGGGCAAAAAUGGGACGACAAGAAGUUGUUGCAACUGUAGGUGUCUAGCAAGGUUCAUGAGGAAGGUGAAGAAACAGAGCAAGGAGAUGGUGCGCUCCGCAGGAGCAAGUAGGCAAAGUUCAUUCCAGUGCCGGUAUGAUCCAUUGAGCUAUUCUCUCAACUUUGAUAGAAGCGGGUGCGGGAGCUCAGUAGAUGAUGAAGACUACUAUCAAUUCUAUGCAUUCUCUUCAAGGUUUGUGGCCAAUCCAAGAUCUAGAAGACCUUGCUCAACCCACACGCUGCCUGCUGCUUCUCAACAUAGUCCCUCUACCAUUACUUCUUAGUUUUCUUCCCUGCUUUCCAUUGUGAUUAUCAUUUUAUUUUUUAUCAAACAAAGACUACAUAUCAUGUAUACGUUUAUGGAGGAAUGAGGAAUGAAAUCUUUAGUUUAAACCCA